UUAAAUUCGAUUGCCUAUCCAAUAAUAGACCCGUUUCCAUUUUGACAAAUACAUUCGGAGUAUCUUUUGGAGAAGAAAGCUUCUCAUCUUUUUCCGGGUAAAACCAAUUUAAAUAAUCAAUAAUCACCUCCAAGGCUCCCAAAAUUCACAGACAAUGGCUACAAUCUUCUAUUCAAGCUUCCAGAUUCUUCUACAUCACCACCCUUGUUUUACCUUUAAAUGUUCAUUAUAAUUCACGCCCUUCUUGCCAUUCAAGAAACAAAGUUUUCUUCAAACAAAAAAACUUAACUUUCCUCGAGAAUCGUUAAUCUUGUAACAAACUCAAUUUACAAAAAAAAAAUCAUUUUUCUUGAUACCCAGUUCAUAAAUGAUCCAUAAAUUGAAGAAUUUUGAUCAAAGAUAGCACAUUUUCUUCCCCUAAAAGCAUGGCGUCAUGGUACAGAAGAUCAAGGUUUGUUUACAGUACUUUUAGAAGCUUCAAUUCUAGAUUAUUGCCUAAAACCCCAGUUCAAUCUCCUGCUCCAAGAGUUGAUUCCAGUUCAUCUUCUUUAUUUUGCAAUCAAUUUAAGUCUUCUGGGUUAUUUGGGUCACCUUCAAUUUCUUCUAAAUUCGGGAAUUUUAAUGGGUUAAAGAACAAUCAAAGUAGCUUGAUUUCUGGUAUUACUAGGAGAAAUUACUAUGUUGAUAGAAACCAAAUGUAUCAUUUUAAGCCAAGAGGUUUUAAAUCAUGGUUUCAGAAUCCUAGGCAUUUAUUCAUUGUAAUUGUGAUUGGUUCUGGUGUUGUGAUUACUGUUUAUUUUGGGAAUUCUGAGAUUGUGCCCUAUACAAAGAGGAAGCAUUUGGUGCUUUUGUCAAAAACCCUAGAGAGGCAAAUUGGGGAAAGUGAAUUUGAAAAGUUGAAAAAACAAUGUAAGGGGAAAAUAUUGCCUGCAAUACACCCUGAUAGUGUGAGGGUUAGGUUGAUAUCUAAAGAAAUCAUUGAGUCAUUGCAGAGAGGAAUUAGCCAUGAGCAAGUGUGGAGUGAUCCAGGCUAUGCCGUGGAAGGUGGUAUCUAUAACGAGGCUAAUGGACACGAAACUCAGAAGGCGUUAACUGAUAAGCUGGAAGAGAAUGCAAUUGAGGAUUGGCGUAAGGAGGAGGAGAUGCUUGAUGAUAAUUGGGUUAAGGAUAGUAGGAAGAAGGGGAAGGAGCAUAAUGCUAAGGCAAAUACUGAGCAUUUGGAAGGGAUGAAUUGGGAAGUUUUGGUGGUUGAUGAACCGGUUGUCAACGCCUUUUGUUUGCCUGGUGGGAAGAUUGUUGUUUUUACUGGAUUGCUCAAGUAUUUUAACUCAGAUGUUGAAGUGGCUACAAUCAUUGGGCAUGAGGUUGGGCAUGUUGUGGCUAGACAUUCUGCAGAACAGAUUACAAAGAACUUGUGGCUUGCAAUCUUACAACUGAUCCUUAUGCAGUUCAUCGCGCCUGAUUUUGCCAAUGCAAUGUCAAAUCUUUUACUGAGGCUUCCUUUUUCUCGAAAGAUGGAAAUAGAAGCAGAUUAUAUUGGACUUCUUCUGAUGGCUUCUGCUGGAUACGACCCACGAGCUGCACCCCGUGUAUAUGAGAAGCUUGGAAAGAUCUCUGGUGAAUCAGGACUAGGGGAUUACCUUUCAACCCAUCCAUCUGGGAAAACAAGAGCACAGCUAUUAGUUCGAGCUCAUAUAAUGGAGGAAGCAGUGAAUAUAUACCGUGAAGUUGCAGCAGGGCGCGCAAUUGAAGGUUUUCUGUAAGCAAAAUCAUCUAUAUCUCCAGCAACUUGGCCUGUUUGUGGUUUUCAAAAUAACUCUUGAAUCUUUUCAUGCCAUUAUAUCUUCUCUCUACAAAAUUGUGAAAGGUUGAAUUGAGUCGAGAAACCAAAAUCACCUGUUUAUGUUACAUGGUUACCUGAAUGAGUUCAUCCGUUCAAGUUUUUCCAUUCAGGACUCCAAUGUCGCGAUUUGCGUUUUCGCCCACACUUUUGGAUGUGCCUUUCAAUGGAAACCGGUUUUAUCGACUGGACUGAUUGAACAAAUAUUAGCUCAGACUAAUAACUGUAAUUUUAUAUAUGUAAAUCAAAUAUUUCUAUAUACAUCUCUAAUAAUAAAAUUAAAAAAAAUGCAAUCUUUAAAAAAUCUGAUUGUAAAAUCUCCCAGUUUCAAUCACAAAUUCAUUGAAAAUCUGAUUUUCUGGAGAAAAUGGUGACCAAAUAGAACGAAGCAUAGUAGAAGUGAUUAGAGCUGCAGUACUGUCAAGAAUCAAAUGCAACACGAACAACGAAGAAGAGAUCUACUCUUGUGAGUCGACAUAUUGAGUCGGGGUAUUUUCAUACUCAAUCGUUUUUCCACUUCCAAUUCUUCCUUUUUUGUUUGCAAUUUUACAAUUGCUUUGAAUUUCAAUGAUAACGGUUUUCGGGUUUAUAUUACUCCAUUU